AUGGAUAAGGAAUCAGAAUAUCCUUAUAAACUAGAAUCAAUUUCAAUCCCUUUUACAAGAGUUGACACGAAUGUAUAUGAGAAUUCGCCGAAUGCUAUUCAACAAUCACACAGUAUUAUACGUACGAAUUUUGAAACAAAUAGAGAAGUUAGCAACUCAAGUAAUGAUGAGUUCUAUGAAGCUUCUCCUGUUCUAGAAGAAGCGUUAUAUUUCCCUAGCUUAUUAGAAGAAUCAAAUUAUCCUACGGUGACAGUGAAAGUUGAACCACAUAUGACUAAACCUUUGGUAAAUGGCCCAUUGGAUUUGCUGGGAAUAAUCAACACAUCAUCAACAUCAAAACCACGAGUUUUCCCACUUGCUACAGAAAUCGAGAAUAAGGAUGAAUUGACCUUACUUAGAGUUAUGGAAUAUGAGAUGGACGACGCUAUCCAGAAGAAUGCUACAGGUUGGUUUUCUUGGUUUUUCCCCAAAGAUACAUGGAGAGACUUGCUAAUUAAUGGUGGUGAUUCGGAUGAGGAGCUGGAAACAUCUACAGAAUUUGCACAGAAUGAAGUAUACUUAGAUCAAAUAUUCACUGAGAUAUAUAAUCUUUAG